UUCAGGCAAAUAAGAAAGCAAUGACCUUAAGUGGUUGUCCUCAUUUACAAGCCUUAAAGUCUGAAAAAGGCACUGACUCAUACAAAAUUCUACAUGCGUGCUUCAUAAGCUGUAAAACUGCGGAUGCAAGACGUCGCAAGGCGCGACACGGUGUCUGUCACACAUGCCGGGAAGAUGGGGCACGUUUACAUGCCUGCCUUUCAUGUGUCUAUUUUGGUUGCUAUGAUGACCAUCAUAUACAGGAUCAUGCCUAUGUAAACAAGCACUGGCUAGCUGUGGAUAUGACUUAUGGGAUGAUUAAUUGUUUUGCAUGCAGAGACUAUGUUUAUGAUAGAGAUUUUGAAAAGAUAGCCAGACAUUUGAAUAACAGGAGCUCAUCACAGGGUGUAUUGAACCAGUUUGUGACAUGGCAUCCAAGUCAUAGAGAACUAGAUAUACUAAAGAAAAAUUCUAAAAGACGUAGAGUAGAAGAAAGCUCAACAAUAGGUUUACGAGGUUUGAUAAAUUUGGGUAAUACGUGUUUUAUGAACUCAAUAGUUCAAGCAUUAAUCCACACACCGGUGCUACGUGAAUACUUCCUUGCUGAUAAACAUAUAUGUCAGAUGGCAAAGGACGCAAAUGAGCAAUGUCUUGUUUGUGAACUCUCCAGGAUCUUUCAAGAGUUUUACUCUGGUAUAAGCUCUACAUACAUUCCAUUCCGGUUAUUACAUCUGGUGUGGACUAGUGCUCGUCAUCUAGCAGGUUAUGAACAACAAGAUGCUCACGAGUUCCUCAUAGCUGCUCUAGACCUGCUUCAUAGACAUUGUAUAGCAGGAUCAAAUGGAAGGAGUAGUAACAGCCCACACAAUUGCCAGUGUAUAAUAGACCAAAUCUUCACAGGGGGCUUACAGUCAGAUGUCACCUGUCAACACUGCAAUAAUGUAUCUACAACUAUAGAUCCUAUAUGGGAUAUAUCACUUGAUUUAGGACCAGGUUUAUAUAACGGCUCACACCCUGCUCCUAUAACAGGGUAUUCAAACAGUCCAGGAAACUACGAUCCUACCUCAUUACUAGACUGCUUAAAGAGAUUUACAAAACCUGAACACCUAGGUAGUUCAGCGAAGAUCAAAUGUAGUAACUGUGGUUGCUAUCAGGAGUCAACUAAACAGCUAACCAUGAAGAAACUGCCUAUAGUGGCUUGCUUUCAUCUUAAGCGGUUUGAGCAUUCUACGGGUUACCAUAAGAAGAUUUCUACGUAUGUUUCUUUCCCAGAAGAGCUUGACAUGACACCUUUCAUGUCGUCCUCAAAGACCAAUAUCAAUGGCAGUGUUCAUAUCUCUACCAAAGGGCUUUCAUGUAAAAACAAGUACUCUCUAUUUGCUGUUGUCAAUCACAGUGGAACAAUAGAAUGUGGACAUUACACGUGUUUUAUACGACAGCAUAAGAACCAGUGGUUCAAAUGUGAUGAUCAUCUGAUAACUCGUGCUUUGCCUCAGGAGGUGCUAAACAGUGAAGGGUAUUUGCUGUUUUAUCAUAAGCAGAUAUUAGAGUAUGAAUAAUGCUGGGUUGUGGUUAGUCCUCCGUUCAGUAUUAUAUACAUCAUAUACAGCCUCUGUCUGAACACACAAUCAAUACUGCCUGAACACAUGUGAACACAUACCUGACAAUAUCACUACUACAGUAGCGGAACACGUACAGAUUAUUGUUUGACUGGUGAGAUAUAAAGACGAGGGUUCAACUUUGAUGUAAUUUAAUAAACUUGUAGAACAAGUUAUAAAAGAUAAUCCUUACAGUAUACUAUGUCAUAAUUAGAUGUGUUCUCACUAUAUUUCUGUAUAUUUUUUAGUCUGCUUAAACAAAAGAUUCUAUUUUAAGUGUUAAAUCAUUUCAAUGUGAUUGCCUCGCUAAAAUCUGGCUGAUAGGCGUGUGGAUUUAAGAGCAAUAUUAUUUCACACAUUCCCAGAUACAUAAUGUAUUGGUAGGUAAUUGCUCUAGUUUUGAAUACUGCUGAAUUAGAUGUGAGGCUAGGGCCAUCACAGUUUAGGGUAAAAUAUAUUCAAUUUUAAAUAAUCAAAGCUGGGAUGAUAUUUAUGUCGACAUUUGUACAUUUUAACCUAACUAAUACAAAAAAUGAUAAAAAGUUAAUUUAUUUCUAAGCAUGAUAAGCGCACCAGGUUUAAGGAAAGAAUUAAUAGAAUGAUGGCAUUGGGAGCAUUCAUCUUAACAAUAUAUUGAUAAGAAAAAAUGUGUGUAAGUUAUCCAGUCAUAAAAGGUUACAUAGUAAAGAGUUGUCCCUAACACAUUUAUGCUGUUUUCAAGUAUUCUAUUUACAUGUAAUUGCAGUCAUCAAAUAGAGUUUGGCGGCAUGGCUGAGUGGUUAACUUGUCUGACUAGUAAUCUUAAGUUCACUAGGCAAAUGGGCUCAAACCUCAUCAGCAGCAAGUCGUUUCCUUGGGCAAGAAACUUUACACUUGUAGCUCAAAACUGGUUGGUUCCAGGAAAACGGAUUUGAAAAAGUGUCUAUAAGCUUAUAGCAGGACAUUAGAACUAAAAUAAAUUCUGAAUAAACCAAAUAGAGUUUGAAACAAACUUUCCCACUGCUAAAUUAAGUAAAUUAUAUAAAACGUAAGCCUAGUAAUUUGUCAUCAAGAGCUUCCAACGCAUGUGGUAAAUUUCUUGAAAAUGAAAAUGAAAACAUUUUUUCUGAGACACUUGGUAUGCUAUAAUUUU